AUGGAAGAAAGAAAUGAAUCUGAUCAGUCUAUCUCCUCAGGGAGGCAAGAAAUUCGGAAAAGAAGACGACCUAGCCAACCCAUGGUAGAUAAAAGCCAGCAGACAGAAGGAACAGAGAAAAAGAAACACAUGCCUGGGCCACCAUCAUCUGGCCCUAAAGCUACCCUCAGUUCUGGAAGUAUUCCUGGAAGCAAAGACAAGUACUGUGAAUCUCUAAGAGUAUCUUGUCAGCUUCAGCAAACAUGGGUGAAGCGAAAGCAUGGGCUGAAAAUGACAGAUCAAUCUCUGCAGACAGACACUGCUGUAGACAAGAAAAAGGAAAUCAAGUCGGUGGGACCUGAAGAAAAGCCAGCCAAUGGUGAAGAAGCAGCCCUUGACUUGCAAGAGACAGUCGAAGAAGUAGAAAUGUCAGCAAAAAGAAGACUAAUAAACAGAUCUCAGCAGACCAGCUGUACUGGAGACUGGAGCAUGAUGAAUCUUCCCUCCAAAGGAAAAGAGGACAAGGAACAGCAGACCUACUUCGAUGACUUUGAAAUAACAUAUUUUACCAGAAGAGGCAGUUGGAAGGAAGGUGUUGAUAAAUACAAGCCCUCAGGAGAGAUUGCUGUUAGUGAACAUACUGAAUUUCAACCAGUGACAAGUAGCCAGGAAGAAAUUCAGAUGAAAAGUAUCAGUGGAGUUCCAUUUAUUCAGGAAAAGGACAAAGGCUCCCGAGUACCUUCAGAAGAUGCCAUUAGGCAAGUGGUGACCGGAUCUAUUGUGGAUCAUAGUGCUCUUCACAAAGAAAGAGCUACUGCUGAAAUAGAGUCCCUGCCAAGAGAAAGCAUCAAUUUUGAAAUCCAGGCUCUACCAUCUAAGGAGGCUGAAAUAGAAGAGGCCCUUUGUAAAGUUAAAUCUUCACCAGCUGAAGAGGCUCUGGUAGAAGAGGCCCCUGCUGAAGUCCAGCCUCCACCAUCUGAGGAGGCUGUGAUAGACGAGGCCCCUGCUGAGGUUCAGCCUCCGCCAUCUGAGGAGGCUGUGAUAGAAGAGGCCCCUGCUGAGGUUCAGCCUCCACCAUCUGAAGAGGCCCCUGCUGAAGUCCAGCCUCCACCAUCUGAGGAGACUGUGAUAGAAGAGGUCCCUGCUGAAGUCCAGCCUCCACCAUUUGAGGAGGCUGUGAUAGAAGAGGCCCCUGCUGAAGUCCAGCCUCCACCAUCUGAGGAGGCUGUGAUAGAAGAGGCCCCUGCUGAAGUCCAGCCUCCACCAUCUGAGGAGGCUGUGAUAGAAGAGGCCCCUGCUGAGGUUCAGCCUCCACCAUCUGAAGAGGCCCCUGCUGAAGUCCAGCCUCCACCAUCUGAGGAGACUGUGAUAGAAGAGGUCCCUGCUGAAGUCCAGCCUCCACCAUUUGAGGAGGCUGUGAUAGAAGAGGCCCCUGCUGAAGUCCAGCCUCCACCAUCUGAGGAGGCUGUGAUAGAAGAGGCCCCUGCUGAAGUCCAGCCUCCACCAUCUGAGGAGGCUGUGAUAGAAGAGGCCCCUGCUGAAGUCCAGCCUCCACCAUCUGAGGAGGCUGUGAUAGAAGAGGCCCCUACUGAAGUCCAGCCUCCACCAUCUGAGGAGGCCCCUGCUGAGGUUCAGCCUCCACCAUCUGAGGAGGCUGUGAUAGAAGAGGCCCCUGCUGAAGUCCAGCCUCCACCAUCUGAGGAGGCUGUGAUAGAAGAGGCCCCUGCUGAAGUCCAGCCUCCACCAUCUGAGGAAGCUGUGAUAGAAGAGGCCCCUGCUGAGGUUCAGCCUCCACCAUCUGAAGAGGCCCCUGCUGAAGUCCAGCCUCCACCAUCUGAGGAGGCCCCUGCUGAGGUCCAGCCCCCACCAUCUGAGGAGGCUGUGAUAGAAGAGGCCCCUGCUGAAGUCCAGCCUCCACCAUCUGAGGAGGCCCCUGCUGAGGUUCAGCCCCCACCAUCUGAGGAGGCUGUGAUAGAAGAGGCCCCUGCUGAAGUCCAGCCUCCACCAUCUGAGGAGGCUGUGAUAGAAGAGGCCCCUGCUGAAGUCCAGCCUCCACCAUCUGAGGAGGCCCCUGCUGAAGUCCCUACUGAAGUCCAGCCUCCACCAUCUGAGGAGGCUGUGAUAGAAGAGGCCCCUCCUGAAGUCCAGCCUCCACCAUCUGAGGAGGCUGUGAUAGAAGAGGCCCCUGCUGAAGUCCAGCCUCCACCAUCUGAGGAGGCUGUGAGAGAAGAGGCCCCUGAUGAAGCCCAGCCUCCACCAUCUGAGGAAGCUGUGAUAGAAGAGGCCCCUUCUGAGGUUCAGCCUCUACCAUCUGAGGAGGCAGCAACAGAGGAGGCCCCUGAUGAAGCCCAGCUUCCACCAUCUGAGGAGGAGGCUACAGAAGAGGCCCCUGAUGAAGCCCAGCCUCCACCAUCUGAGGAGGAGGCUACAGAGGAGGCUCCUGAUGAAACCCAGCCUCCACCAUCCGAGGAGGAGGCUACAGAGGAGGCUCCCGAUGAAGCCCAGCCUCCACCAUCCGAGGAGGAGGCUACAGAAGAGGCCCCUGAUGAAGCCCAGCCUCCACCAUCUGAGGAAGCUGUGAUAGAAGAGGCCCCUUCUGAGGUUCAGCCUCUACCAUCUGAGGAGGCAGCAACAGAGGAGGCCCCUGAUGAAGCCCAGCCUCCACCAUCUGAAGAAGCUGUGGUAGAAGAGGCCCCUUCUGAGGUUCAGCCUCUACCAUCUGAGGAGGAGGCUACAGAGGAGGCUCCUGAUGAAGCCCAGCCUCCACCAUCCGAGGAGGAAGCUACAGAGGAGGCCCCUGGUGAAGCCCAGCCUCCACCAUCCGAGGAGGAUAUGAUAGAGGCGGCCUAG